AUGAACACAUAAUAUUAUGCAUUUCUUUCACUCUUCUUUUCCGUCUCAAUUUUUACUCUGCCGUUGGCUUCCAUCUCAACAACAUCGCUCAACACUCGAUCUGUGUCCACCCAUCCUCGGGUUAGGUGUAUAAAACUUUACGCAUAACUUACAAUCAAUUACAAGAGGUGAUAAGUUUAGUUUACUAACUGGAAUAGUGAGAUCACAUGAAACAGAAGUAUUUACAGUCAUAACGAGUAGCAUUUCAUAACGUGGGAAAAUUGAGACGUGAGCAAUAACAAUGCAACUUUCUUCAAUAACGCGUUACCAGUUUGCAUUGCUACUUUUGACCGUACUUCCGGUCAUUGUGUGUAGCAGUAUCAAAAAUGAAGUCCCCAAAAAGCUUAGGAGAUACAAGAUUUGCAACGGAGUAAAAUGUAAAGCAAUACGAUCUUUUAAUCCGCCGACUUUCUUGCAAGACAUGGACUCUUUUUUGUACAGUCGAUGGACGAGAUGGGCGUCAUGCACUCGUCACUGUACGACGAAGCGUCACAGGGCAUGCAAAUUUCCUCUAAUUUGCGGCAACACGGUAAUACACGAGGAAGCGUUUUGCUACCACCGAGGGACAUACUGUGAAUAUAUUUUCGAAAAUAACAAGCGUGAUUUCCUGUUCGCCUCAGACGAUGUGGACACGGACUACUUGGAUCAGGCCGACUAUGAAAUCCAUUCAAAUGAAAAAGGACUUCAAUUCACACAGGAUUUAUCGUUAUCUGAUUUUGAGAAAUCUGUAAAUGAAUUAGUAUCAUCACCCAGCAAAAUAAUGAUAAAUGAAAAUUCGAUAACCCAAAGCCGAAGAACAAGGAAACCUGCACCACCAGAAAUCCCAUUCAAUAAGAACAGCAAUCACCGAGGUUCACAAAGAAGAUCCAGAAAAAAUGAGACGAGUUGGAUCCCACCUCCUCCAAUCCCCACAACGCCCAGCCGUUUCUUGUCGGGGUCAAACGCCUUAGAGUCAGAAGGACCCUUUCCAGUGGACGACUAUGACCACUUGGGGGCCUCACCAACUUGUGGCGUUGCUUGGAGUACAGAUAGAAGUAGAAAUGGGAUCGCAACGCGAAUUCUCGGUGGUCAGGAAGCUCAACGUGGCAGGUGGCCUUGGGUUGUUGCGGUUCUCAAUAAAUUGAAUGAAGCGUUUUGUGGUGGAACACUAAUUGGACCCAGAUGGAUUUUGACAGCCGCGCAUUGCAUUCGCAAAAAGUUGUUGGUGACAGUCGGCGAGCACCAUUUACAUCAGGACGACGGUACUGAAAAACGCUACCAGAUAGAAGCCGCAUUCAUUCAUCCGGAUUUUGAUCAUGAGACGGUGGACAAUGACAUCGCCUUAUUGUUGUUACCGGAACCAAUAUCCACGGAAGCUGGGCUGGCUUGUCUGCCCCACGAAAACCAAGUUCUUCCAAAAGCAGGCACUCUUUGCACAAUUCUUGGGUGGGGAAAGGAACGCCAUACCCAUGUUUUUGGGACCACAGUUCUCCACGAGGGCAGAGUUCCUUUAGUGAGCAAUGCAGAAUGCCGCUACACUUAUGGAAAAAAUGACAUUACGGGCAAUAUGUUUUGUGCGGGAUAUCGUGGAGGAACAGUGGAUUCAUGUGCUGGAGAUUCAGGUGGCCCGAUUUUGUGCUCAAUGGAUAACAGAUGGACAGUAUUUGGUGUAACUAGCUUUGGAGAUGGGUGUGGUCGAAAGGGCAAAUUUGGGAUUUAUGCCAAAGUCCCAAACUACGUGGAAUGGAUACACAAAGUUAUGAAAGCCAAUGCAAAGGAUUAUGUAAAUUAAUCAACACGACUUCAAUUUUGCAUACGUAUACACGACAGAUGUGUGAUAAAUAUUCACUGCCAAAUGUCACAAAUGCAUUGACUGACCUCAUGGAAUGUAUGAAAUAACAAUUGUAGGACCAUUUCAUAUGCGCCAAACCCUGCGUAUACUUAACCGAUGUCAAAAUCAUUUCAGUAUUUAACAUGUCAUAGAAAAUAACAUUUAAUAAAACGUCGUAUAAACUAAAA